CAGCCAGUCCCUGCAUUUUGUUGCCGCAAAGGUCCACUCAAUGGGCAGACGCUAAUUGGACUCUUGACUGUAGAACCCCCGGCCACGCCCCAUUUUGCUCAUCGGAGGAGAGCCGGAGAUCGGCCCGAUCCACCAUCCCCAUCCGCCGCCAAAUCCUCCCCAGGCCCUGAUGGACUUCCACCACGGACCCGUUGGAUCCCCUUCCUCAUCCACCUCUUCCACCGAGAUUAACCCAUCUAACUCCACUUCCUUCAACCACCAAAACGGUGGUCCUGCUCCCCACCGCAACGCUGCCGGAGCAAAUAACUCCGACCCGAUGCACUCCUGGUGGGAGUCCAUAUCAAAAGCCCGCACUCGAAUCCAUCUCCUCUCUACUCUUCUCCCCGAAACCUCCUCAGUUCUCUCGUCCCUCGCCGACUCCGACCGCCCUGCCCGCUCCCUCCUCCUCUCUUCCGCCGCCUAUUCUUCCAUCUCAUCUUCCCUCUCCUCCCCUUCAUCCGGCUCCGGCGACGACUCUCUUUGCCAGUGGCUAUACGACACCUUCCUCUCUGCUGACCCCGAACUCCGCCUCGUUGUCCUCUGCUAUAUCCCUCUCCUCUCCUCCCUCUAUCUGUCCCGCAUCCACUCCUCCUCCACCACCUCUGCUAUCUCCCCCACCCCUAAUCUCGCCGGCUUCGAAGCUGUCCUUCUCGUCCUCUACUCAUCUGAAGUUAAAGCUCGUUCGGGUAAACCCGUGCUCAUUUCAAUCCCUGAUCUCUCUCAACCUUCUCUUUAUCACUCCCCUCGAAAUCCCCCUUCGAAUAAAUCGAACCCCAUUAACAAUAACCCCUCGUCUCGGCCUCUAGUCGGCGUUCUAUCGCCUCCUCUCGAACCCCAGAUGGCGGUGAAGUCUACUAAACGAGCCUCCAUUGUAGGCAUUGCCCUUGAUUGUUAUUAUAAGCAGAUCUCGCAAAUGCCCAAUUGGUCAAAGCUUGAUUUUUGCAUAUUUUCGGCAGAUUGGGCAGGUCAGGAUUGCCCUUGUAAAUCUGAUUUCGAUGAUUUUACUGCCCAAAAACCUGAUAAUUUUACUGAAAGUAGCAACGGGCUUUCGGGUGACUCGAGGGGUCAUAAUGAGAUUGAGGAUGUUGUGGAAGAAAUUCGGCAUUUGCGAAUUGAGGGGAGGGACAAGGAGUUGAGGCCACAGGGGGUGAGAAUUCCGCUGCCAUGGGAGUUAUUGCAGCCGGCAUUGAGGAUUUUGGGGCACUGCUUGCUGGGGCCUUUGAUUACAGAGGAUGUGAAAGAUGCAGCUUCAGUGGCAAUAAGGAGCUUGUAUGCUAGGGCCUCCCAUGACCUGAACCCGCAGGCCAUUUUGGCGACUAGGAGUCUGAUUCAGCUAGAUAAGAGGGCGCGCGAGGCUGCUGCUGCUGCUGCAGCUGCAGCUGCCAGUGCUACCUCCAAUGCUAAUACACCCAGUAAGGCUAAAAAGCCUGAGAUCCUUUUGGUUUCUAAGUGAUAUCGGAAGUGAAUGAGAUAACUUGCUUUAAUUCUUGAAUGUGAGUUUGUAUGUGGAAUUAUGUAGGUAUAGGUGUAGAUUAUACGCGAGUAAAUGAUUGUUGGUAUGAGUAGCUUAUUUUGAACUUGGAACUUAGCCUGAAAGUUGUGUAUCAUUAUUAUUGUGAUAUGAAUAGGUGUUCCAAUUGCUUAUAUUU